AUGGAGGAUGAUCCAGCAAUCGUUGACACGGUGGUGUCGGCGGAUUCGGAUCCCGGGAAAGGUGAUGCCGCUUCGAUAGUGGAUGUUCAAAAAAUUGCCCGUAGUUUGUUGCGAAACGAAGUUGGCGUACAGCGUUUACUUUUAGUGGUUGCGGGUUUAGUGUUGCUAGUUGCAGUACAUAGAGGCCUGGCUUCCCGUGCCCUACCGAGACCCAUCAGUUCAGCCAUGCAAGAAAGUGGUGGCCUACAGGAGAAAGGGCAAGAGCGUGAUGAUUGGGGGCUAUAUUCACUGGAAUACUUUGAACAAGCACUUCCUACGUCGCUAAAGGAGGGAAAGAAGUCACUAGCUGCGUCGGCCUCUAAGCUUUCUGGCAAUCCCAAAAAUUUGGCAGCUGAGCCAUACCAGCGUGCAGUUGCUCAGGCUCUUUCGAACGGCUCCAGCGACUCCCUGCUUGGAAUGACAAUUUCCCUACAGAACCCGCAACCCUUAGGUAGGAGCACUACCGAGGGGCCUUUGCCUCAACAGAAUCUGCUCGUUACCAGGAUAUUGGGUUAUUACCGCUGGAAUUUGUUGGUGAAUGCGGAAGACGUUGAGACCAAAGAAGAGUUUUCCGUUAGUAUCCCCAUCAUGAGUAAGAGCAGUGUGGAAGAGUACGCUAAGAAUGAUCUUGAGCAACAAGUGAAGCUGGCAGUUGAGCAGGAGCAGGAGACAAUCCUGCAAGUGUGUGGCAACAUUCCAGCGAAAUCGAUGACCUCACAGAAGGGCAUGGCAGUUCCAUACUACGUAGGUCAAAUGCUAGGUUUGGGUAAUAUUCAUUCGUCUGGGGAUUUCAAGAUAGUUAAUACUGUAGGAGUGAUGGAGAAGGUUGUGGGGGAUUUAGACAGUCUGGCAGCUGUAUCGGGAAAAUUGAAGCCAGUUGUGCGGGAUUAUAUCGCCUAUCGUUUGUUACAGAUAGUGUUGAAACUUGAGCGUUCAGGAGUUGGUCAUUUGCAGCUUAGUAGGAAGUCCCUCUUCGUGCGUGAAGACGGCUCUAUUGUGUUGGGAAAUUUCUGCAGCGCUGUUCCCUUUGGAGAGGAGAAAAGGCGUCUGAGUGGCCAGGUGCAAUUAGCGCUAGAGCCUAGUGCUAUGACCACUUUUAUUGACUCCGAUGUACUUGUGGCCGAUGCUAAGGUAAACUUGUGGGGCCUCGGGGUUCUUCUAUUUCACCUCUACACGGGAGAUGCUGAUCACCCGUACGCCAAGGUGGAAGGGGCGAGCUUUAGGGAUUCACCUGGUGCAAGCUCAAGGCUGCUGUUGAACAGCGGAACAUGCUCUAAAUUCCUAGUCCCGCAGUUGGAACGGUCGGAAGUCCCACCGAGGUGGAAAGACCUUAUUUUACGUCUGCUGGAGCCCAAAAGGGGUAACAGGAUAACUGGCUUCCAGACAAUAGUGGUUGAAGUCGAGCUUCCAGGGAUCGGCCAUCUGCAGCCCAGUUUUGAGCCCCAUCUCCUGCGUGAAGACGGCGUAUCCAUAUUGGGGGACCUUGGCACAGGCGCUUUGUUUGGACCGAAGAGAAACAUGUUGAAGGGUACUCUGUCACUGUACGAAGUGCUGUGUGCUCUGUGA